UCGUCUGCAAAUUGUAAACAUGGCGGAGAGUGGGGGCUUGGCCAGAGUUUUGGGGAAAGCAGGGUUUGACCCUAAACCAUUUGUUAAUAGCAUUUCCCAGGGAGGCGAGGAAGAUCUGCAGAAUAACAGAAGAAAAAUACAAUCUUUAGCAGAAGAUACAGCCCAGGCUUUGAAGAAGAAUGUUUACAGGAACUAUUCACAGUUUAUUGAGACUGCCAAGGAGGUGUCCAUCCUUGAAGGAGAGAUGUACCAGCUGAGUCACAUGUUGUUGGAACAGAAAGCUAUCAUGGGGGCUAUGUUGGAAACUUCUCUCACAAGUGACAAAAUUGAACUUCCUAAGGAGAAAGUAAAAGAGGAAACCCCAGAAGAAGACACAAGGAGAAACCUAGCUUUCCUUUUGGAGAAAGUGGAGGGAUGUUCCCAUUUAAUGAAGAUGAUGAUGAGCCAGAUGAGUCGUUAACCAUUCCGUCUGAGGUGGACCUGUUAUUAAAAGAAGAAUGGGUCCAAGACCUACCCGAGGACCUGGAUGUGUGCAUAGCACAGAGAGACUUUGAAGGAGCCGUGGAGUUGAUAGAUAGAGUCAAUGAACAUUUACAGAAGAUUCCAAAUUCAGCCUCUGUCAAGGAGUACAGAGUACGUAUUGACCACAGAGUAAAACAGCUCACGGAGGUGCUGAUGCAUGAGCUACAGGUAUCUCCAGAGAGAUCUUUAAGAGGAGGACCACGUGCUGCACGUCGCGCGGUCACACACCUCGUCAAACUGGGUAAAUCAGCACAGGCUUGUGAUUUAUUCCUCAAAAACAGAAGUGCCAUCAUUAAAUUCAACCUGAAGCAGCUGAAGUUUGAAGGGGCCACUACCAUCUACAUACGUACAUUGUGCAAUGUGUUCUUUAACACCCUGAAAGAAACUGGGAAGGAAUUCAUGAAGGCAUUUCCAGAGCAUUAUGCUUGCUUCUCAGCCUUUGUAGUCUGGGUCAGUGAAGAGUUGCAGUCAUUUGUGAGUUUAUUUGGACGCCAGGUAUUUGCCAGUCAAAUGAGUCUCACCACCAUAGCUGACUGUGUGAAGUUAGUCAGGGAACACUGCAAUCAGCUGAGUGAUAUAGGACUAGAGUUGACCUUUAACCUCAACACCAUGCUGCUACCAGAUGUGGAGAAGACAGUGGCAGACAACAGAGACCAGCUGAUAGAGGCUACCAAGCUCAGAGCUGCUGAUGACCUGUGGCGCCCCAUCAACCUCCAUGAUGAAGAUGCUGUUGAUAAGUUUGUCAGCGAGUUAGAAGAUCUGGGUAUAGCACACAUGGACAAGUACAUCUACA